CAUGUGGUCAGAAGAGCCUGGUGGGACAAACUACUGAGGCAUCUGUGUGCAAGAAGAGAGGAUACACAGCUACAUGCCUUCAAAAUAUGAGUGGAUCCUUCAUAAACUGUUAAUUCGUCUUUUAAUUUUGGUUAAUGUAAAAGCUCUACAGAUUCACUUAUAUACGAAACAAUGGAUGCGCCCCCACAGACAAAGACAGUUGGAAGCCUCCAGUCUGCCUCAGCAGCUAACCUGGCCACGUUGCAGUCCUACAGGCCGCUUCUGAGCGAUUAUGGACCUCCAUCUCUGGGAUUCUCACAGGGCUCCAGUGGCAGCCAAGUGCCUCAAAACAAAUAUGCAGAGCUGCUGGCCAUCAUCGAAGAGCUUGGGAAGGAAAUCAGGCCCACAUAUGCUGGAAGCAAGAGUGCAAUGGAGAGACUGAAAAGAGGAAUAAUCCAUGCCAGAGGAUUGGUGCGUGAAUGUUUGGCAGAGACGGAGAGAAACGCCAGGUCCUAGCUACCAACACACAUUCCUCCCUGCAAGAAGAACUAACAGAGUGCGUCUCAUGAAAUAAAAAAUAAAAAACUUGCAUGGCACUUCCUUGGAGAAGAGGAAGUAAAUGAAGAAAGGAUGGGAAAAGCAAGCUCCUUGAGAGGAAAAAAAAAUACAAUAACACAGUUCAUGACUCCGGAGGGUUCUGGAGGAUCAUUUAAAUCAUGUGUGCGUUACUGGAAUUCAUUGAUAUGUGUUUUUAUCCCCCACUUUUGGGAUCUUAGUUUUGACUUCAUAUUUAAAACGUUGAUUUGUGCAUGUGAACGGGCCCAGGGGUUAAUUGUAGACAGCGCAUGGCUUGUACAGGGGUAGAUGGAAAGACUUGUUUUUGAUAGUAUUUUGGUCUGUUUUUCAGACCCUUAUAACACACACGACUGUGAGUGAGUGAAGGGCAGAGAUGUGCCAGAUGCAUCUGUUCAUUCGUGUUGAGGUUGGUUUUGGUAUUACAAAAAAGGAAAAUGCUGUUACUUGCAUCUUUGUAUGUAUUUAUUACUCAGUGUAAUAAAUUGUAUUUUCAA